AUGGGCUCGCGUUCCAUCGCGUGGGCAUCCGAAAUCGCUCGUCUCGCCUUUGCCGUUGGUGGACGGUCACAUGCGGUGACGACUCGGUUUCGAUGCUGUCGAACACUCGAGCAUAGUCGAGCCACGGCAACAGCGGACCGGCGAGUCGAUUCAAAACAGACGGGCAGCCCGAAGGACGAGGCGCACACUCUCGUCUACCAAGCUUCUCGGCUAAAAGGCGGGAUCGGUAUCGGCCCACCCUUGGCCACGACAAACAUCGCUUCCACCUCGCCCGACAGCUCCAGAAACCGCCGCGGCUCUCGCUCAUCCAUCCUCGCAUCCGCCACAGAAGCUGCCGGCUCGAAUGCGACAUCGUCUGACAGGGAGUCCAUCCGCUCCGUCGGCAGCAGCUCACGCGGUGGACCGACCACUCCAAGGCAGAAAGCCAGACAUCCCUCGCGAACCGAAGAGGCUGACCGAAAUGUCUCGCCUGUCUCCUUCUACUCCUCCUUCGAGGCGCCCCUGACGUCCCCUCGUCAAUCGCGGCAGGGAAGCAUGCAGGCAGACCACAUUCAUAUGUCGCAGCACCCGCGGUCAGCUUCACCCACUCCUUUUGCUCCGGCGCAUGCUUCUCCGCUCGACCUUACAAAUAAUAGCCUCUCGUCGCACCCUUCAUCGACCUUUGGAAGACCGACCGCUGCGUCUGGCAGGAUACGCGCGCCGAAAGCACGAGCCGAUGCUGCUAUCAAGCACGGUCAAAACACAGACCGCUCCGACUCGCUUUCGCCCGUCAUGCAGACUGUCGCGGCCUACGAACAAAGGUCCCUCUCGGCCAACAUAAAGUCCCCCUCUUUGCGUAGCGGCGAUGCUUCCACAUCACGCAGUCCGAUCAAGCACAAGCCGACACCCAUCUCUACCUCCAAGUCCACCAACACCCAUGUUCAGCUCGACAAUGCUUCCUCUCCUCGACCGCGCUCCAAAAGCACAGCGGGCUCUGCCAACUCUCUCACACUGCCGUCCCCUAGAGAUGCUCAGCGUUCUCCCUCCAUCCCAGUCGAACGAAAGGAUGCGCAUGCAACGACAAGCCAGAACCCCAAGACACUGGCACCCACCUCGUCCAAGCCCAGUCUCCGAUCCCGCAUAUUUGGAUCCAAGUCUCCCAAAGUCGCUUCGCCUAUCACUCCCUCUUUCGACUCGGGCACAGAGACACCCUCACCUAGAUCCGCCCGCUUCCCGCCUUCCAUCUAUUCUGAGGAUUCGCAUAGUGAUCCGAAUCUGCUAGAUAGCGGCGGCGACGCCCGGUCUGUUGAACGACCCAUGCCAUCGCCCAGCCAUCCCGCAUCACAUCUUGCACUCGGUCACGAUGACGAUGACGACCCAAGUGAUUAUGGCACAGGCGAUACGCGAGGAGAUGCCGCCUCUAGUCGCAAAUCAAGCGGCACUUCCAGCUUCCUCCGAAAAACGAUUCGCUUCAAGGACAAGUCGGCCUUUCUUAAAACUCGUCCCUCUGUUUCCUCCAUGGCCUCAGAAUCAGCCACCUCUCUGACCACCUCGGUCCCGCCUUCGCCUCUUGAAUCCCCUUCCGCUACCGACCUCGACGACGCGACCAGAAAACAAGCCGGCUACAGGCAGAUCAGCGGUCGCAGAGGUGUUCAAUAUGGCAGAACGUCCACCGACGAUUUCGAUCGCGAAACGAGUUCAUCGCCUCAUCGCAACUCGCUCUCGCUUGCGCCCAGCACUCGGAACGCGGGCGAUGCUCCUGGCCUGUUGUCCGCCGUCGAUGAAUUCGAUCUCGAGGCAUCUUCCAAACUGCGGCGCUCAUCAUCCCAAAGGGCAGGUCGAAGGCUCAGCCAGCAUCAUCCUCCGUCUCCGAUACGCUCCGCUGCCACGAACUCACCGGACUCUGGUCUUCCGUCACGGCAUCAGCUCGCAACCCCGUACCUCGAAACAAGUGCUCGGGGCCACAUACCACGAAGCAGCAGCCUCCAAGGCUCGCUCAGUCGCAGCAAUUCUGCUGCGGCCGCCUCGCAGCUGUCAUCGCGUCAAGCUACAGCAUCAUCGGAUCAAGACGGUGCCACAGUCACGUCGCCUCGUCGCAGGCCUCGCUCUGGUUCCGCUACCAACUACUCGCCUCAGAUACAGCCGCGAACCACCAGCUCGCCUGCCCAAAGCUCCACCGCGCGCCGGCCUACGACGGCUCAAGGCAGCCCAUCACUCACGAGCUCGCCAUAUUCGGCCCUAUCAACUAGCGAUCGUGCAACGCGAAGAGCAAGUCGUCCCAAGACCGCCGACAGCGGACACGCUUAUUCUGGCUCGCUUUCCAGUCUUCGAGACAUUCUGUUGGUAGCCAACGCCAUCUCGGAGGAAGGCGCAGUCUACCGCACGCCUCCUGACACCGAUGCAGGGCGUUUCGAUCCGACUCGUGACCUGACGGCAUCUCCACUACAUACAGCCUCGCCAACUGACCCCAAGCGACCCGGUCUUCCGCCCAAGAAUCCCCUCCGCAGACAAAGGCCCUCAGGCGCCAGCGUCACCGGCUCUCCCUCCGCGUCUGGUCAUUCGCCUGCUUCAGCUCAUCAGGCUGGCUUCUUUCCUGAUGCCUCGACUAGCCGGACAGCUGAACAACGUCCGCUCGGCCUUGCAACCAGAGUGACUGCUGGGACCCGUCGAGCCUCGCCUGCUGGCUCAACGCCAUCGAUCACUGACUUUCGGACACCGUCAUCGGAUCUGCCGCAGCCCUCACCAAUGGACAGACAGACCUCGAGCGACUACUUCCGCUCUCGUGACAUUGUCAGGUCGCAUGACGCGCCUUUAGGACAGCUGUCUCAGCGCUCACCUCGCCUGUUGCAUAGUGCUCGCAGCGGCUCGACAUCCCCGGCGCAGAACUCCUUGAGCUCUAGUCAGCACCUAGCACGAGCACCGUCAACUGGUUCGGCCUCAGCACGCAUCUCGAGACGACACGAGCGCUCGACAAGUGAUGCCACCAGCUCACUCACCGAUCUUCGUUCUUCUCUCGGGCCAGAAGCUUCGACAACCUCACUCCAUUCCGAAGCGUCUUCCGGCACAAAGAAAAAGAAGGAAGGCACCGGAAGCAAAGUGCUCGCCUUCGCGCGUGACCUCGCUCAUCGGGAAGGAAGCGGCGACCAGGGUAGCACGCUUCCAAGCUCUGGCACGUUCCGCCUUGGGAAGAGCAGCAAGUCGAAGAAGGCAGACGCGGUAUCGCGCCCCGUCAUUCGCAGAUUGUACGAUGGACCACUGGAGACUGAUGCGGCGGCUGCAGCUCAGGUACAGGCCAUGGAAAUUGGACUGCCCUCAGCCAUGCGAUUCACCGACGGCGUCAGUCCUGGAUCUUCUGCGGUCGAUCUGCAAUCCUCGGCUGGCGCCCUACCACGCACUCCCAGCACAUCGGACACCCGGGCCCGCUCCGUGUCAUCAUCCGCCAGCACUGCUCGUGAUCUUUUGUCGCCUACAUCCGGUCACCACCUCACCCCCCAGUUUGGUAGCGUUCUCGGUGCAACCUCGAUCCCACGCAGUCCCAGCUUCGCCGCCCAAGCGUGGUCCAUCUCGCAGGACGAUCUGUCGCAAGAUCAGAAGCGGCUUGUUAAGCGCUGGUUCGUUCUGCGCGAGCUGCUAGACACAGAAAGAGCCUACGCAUCGGAUCUCGCUGUGGCGCGUGACGUCUAUCUGGCAAGGGCGAAGAUGAGAGCCGGCAUCACAGCGCCUCUGUCCCCUUUGAGCGUCCGAUCUGCAAGUGUCUUUUCGCAGCUUGCCUCUCCCGAACCGACCACUCUCGGCAGAUCGUCGCAGCCUCAUCUUCAGCAGCGAGGAAGCGGGACGGUCAUCAAUCCAGGCACAGGUACACCAGGUGCGAAACCAAAUCUGCCUCAACGUGCGCUCUUCCGCAAUGCCUCGGCGGAUGCUACAGCGACCGCGAGCUCUGCCGACCAGACCGCAUCGUCGACGUCUUUUGCCUCAAGCAAUCAGAGCAACCGUUCGUCGAUGUACACUGUGUCUUCGCAGAGCUCGCAGACUUCCGAUACGAGCCAAUUCGCGCUCUCAGGCCAUCCCGCUUUUGCAGGCGGUCCUCCAACACACUUUUCGAUCGACGGGAACUCGCUAUCACCCACCUCCGGAGUCAAGCCGCACGCCGUGGCACCUAUAGGCUUGCCCAGCACAAGCGCCUCGCCCAUCUCAUCGAUGCCUGCCACACCAUCCAUGUCGACGACUUCGGGCAUCCUCUCGCCUGGCUUUCCAGGGCCAGUGGACGGGUCUGCGACCGGAGUGUCAGACGCCCCUCUCAGUGCUGCAGACGUGCGCAUCAUUUUUGCCCAACUUGAGGCUUGUGCUGCAUUCGCGGACGAGAUGGUCGUGGUGCUCGAGGCCGCGGUCGGCAGGGUUUGCAGCGGGACAGCAGAGGAAGCGGGUCAGCUGCUUGCUCAGGGCAUCGUGGUGGAAGAGUCUGAGACGGACCGUGUCGGUCAAGCUUUCUUGAAACUCAUGCCUCGUAUCGAGCAGGUCUAUACAGCUUACUGUUCACGGCAUGAGGCUUCCAUGGCUAGAUUGCAAGAGUUGAUCAGUACGCAGACUAAAGUCAGCGCUUUCAUCGGCGAAUGCACCCUUGCUGCACGGGCGUAUACGAACGCAUGGGAUCUUUCCUCCUUGCUGAUCAAGCCUGUCCAGCGUGUACUCAAGUAUCCUCUGCUCCUCAAGGAGAUCUUGGCGUCUACGAGCCUCAAGCAUCCAGAUGCGGAGAGUCUGUCGGCGGCAUCGGCCGAGAUUCAAAAGGUAGCAGACAACAUCAACGAGGUCAAGAAACGCAAGGAUCUGGUAGAUCAGAUUGUCAGCGGCAAGGCGACCAAACGCAGCACCAGCCAACGUAUACAACACGGCGCGACUAAGAAGCUGCUGCGUCGUCAGGAAAAGGUCAAGAAGCUCGUUCUUGGCCCAGCAGAAGACAUCCUCGCUGAUGACGGUCAAUACAAAGAACUUGUGGAGCAGUUCCGCCAGCUGGACAAGGCGACGAGCGAUUUUGCGAGACGUUGUCUUGGCUGGUCGACGAGGGUCAAGGAUGCGCACGAAGCGCAGCUCGCUCUCCUCAAUCAAUGGUGCCGUAUCUACGCAGUUGAUGGGAUGAGCGCCGACACAGAGGCUGAGCACCGUGUCCACGCCUUUGUUCAGCUUGUCGAAGCCACCUUCCUGGGCGAGUAUUGGUCUCAGCUGGAUGCAGAGAUCCGCACGAGCCUGACUCCUGCAUUGCAACGCAUCGCUGGGCUCUUCCCUCCGCCGCAGUCGGUCAUUGCAAAACGCGACGAUCGCGAACCAGACUACACGCGCUACCUGGCCGAAGCUGCUCGCGGUGGGUCAAAGGCGGUGGACAAGAAACUGACAGAGAGUGCCAACGCAUUUAUCGCGCUCCACAUGCAACUGAUGAACGAAAUGCCGCAAUUCAACUACGGCAUCCAGACUCUCUUGGAUCUAUGCAUCGAGUCGCUUUCUCGCACCCAGGCUUCGUACCACCUUCGCGUCCACCGUGCCCUUCUCGCGUUCUGGGAAGUUUACGGACCAGAGGGGAAUGCUGAUAUCGCGAUCAGCGAAGAGACGAAAGAACGGUCAAUGCGACAUCUCCAUCCGGUCAAGAUGUUUUGGCCGCUGCACAGUAGCAUCGCUGGGUUCGCCGAGUCGAUGGGCAUUGUUUCCGGCCUCGCCGACGAACCUCGGUCUCGCAACGCAUCGGUCAGCAUGGAAAGCGACCUCCUUGCGGUAGGCAGCCUGAGUCCUUCGAGCACCAACCACUUCUCACCGCUGCAAGCGGAACGGUCUCUGCCCGAUCCGGAGUUCGCAUCCAGGGUGCCAGACGCCAUGAGCAUGAGCAGGAAGAUCGAGUCCAUCACAGCCGCAGGUAGCGAGGAGCUCUUGGAAUCAACUACGGCGCGAGCUAGCCCUAGUCCAAGCCCUUUUGCGACCCCACCUUUGGGAAGCCGACCAUCUCUGUCGCCGCAGCUUCCGCAACAGUCACUUCUCGGGUCACCUGCUCCUAUCGAUUCUCACCAGCCGCAGCAGCAGCAGCAGCAGCAGCAGCAGCAGUUGCAGCCUACGCUACGAUCCGUCAAGUCAGGAGGCGGGCUCAUCGGCCUCCUCCGAUCUGUGGGCAGCAGCUCUGCCGUGGGUUCGCGCAAGAACUCGCAGUCGACAGACACCGCCGCGGAAAGCUUCGUCGACGCGCUCGGGUCCGAUCCGCCUACGCCUAUCAGUAAAGACACGCCAGUGAUGCCGGACUCUGUGUCAGCCGGGCACGGACCUGUUGCUCCACCGACGUUGCCCGCUUUAACCUUCAAUUCUGGUUUCUUUGGUCAGUCGGGCACUGAGUUCUCUAUGGGAGCAUCGGAACAGCGCAGCGAAGCAGACGACACGACACGCAAAGAAAUCAUCGAGACGAUGGCCGCAGUGGCAAACAGCGGAUCGAGAAGCAGCAACCAGACCAGGAACGGAUACCCUUUUCUUGAAUACUCUGUCGGCGACUUGUUCAGGGUGACGAACCAGGACGGUGCACACCUGUUCGGCCAUUCUGAACUCGGCUUGACUGGAUGGGUCGAACGGGAGAACUUCGUACCCUUGUCGUGA